AUGCCGAAUGAGAAGAAGCAGCCAAAUGUGUUGAUGGUGGGGACGGGAGAGUACACGACGGGCUUUGUGGGCGGGGCGCAAAGCACGAGCGACAAGAGCAAUCUGAGCAUGGUAGGCACCAAUGGAGAUAAACAUGUACAGAUUAGGCACCAUUUUGAGCAGAACAUCGCUGGCAAAUAUCGCGACAUGGAUGUGUCUUACAAUGCCUUUCCCCCAGCUGGACACAAGGAUGCAGAAGCUUACAAACUUGCCAUCGACGCACUAUCACCGGGUGACGCCAUCACCAUCUUUACACCCGACAGUACACAUUUCGAUAUCGCCAAAUACGCGAUCACCACCAAGAAGCUUCACGUGCUCGUCACAAAGCCAGCCACGCAGCGCCUAGAGCAUCACCAGGAGUUGGCAUCGCUCGCAAAAGAGCACGGUGUGCUGUGCAUGGUCGAGCAUCACAAGAGAUGGGAUCCCGUAUACGCAGACGCCAAGGACAAAUGCAACGGACUGGGAGACUUACAAUUCUUCUCGGCCUACAUGUCCCAGCCAAAGACUCAGUUAAAGACCUUCAAGUCUUGGGCCGGUGUGGACAGCGACAUAUCGUACUAUCUCAACUCUCACCACGUCGACAUUCUUUUGUGGUUCACCAAAGCUCGCGCGUUACCUGUCCGUGUAACAGCGAGCGCCUCACGUGGUGUAGCCACCGAUGCUGGUUGUGCGGAUGGCACCGAGGACACCAUCACACUGCUUGUCGACUUUGGGAAUCUCGAUGCUCAAGAUGAACUUAGAGCUGAUAGUAGAGGGACUGCAGUAUUCACAGCGAGUUGGGCAGCGCCAAAAGGAGCAGGUGUGCACUCGGAGCAGAAUUUCCACUACAUUGGUCAGCGAGGAGAGAUCAAAGUUGACCAAGCUCACCGUGGCUACAGCGUACUCCCCGAAGAUGAUGGCACGGGCACGCAAUACGUCAAUCCUUUCUACAUGAAGUACAGCCCAGAUGCCGAGGGCCACUUCGAUGGUCAGAAUGGCUACGGAUAUCGAAGCAUAGCAGACUUUUGCCGCGCUUGCUCUAGCAUCAAUCAGGGCCGCAGUGUUUCGCAGUACGAUCAUAUUAUGCCUACUAUCCAUGACACGGUGCUGACUACGGCUAUCCUGGACGCUGGAAGGAGAAGCUUGGACGAGCGCAGGCCCGUAGAGCUGCACCGGGAUGACUCGGGCGUCUGGUCAUUACAUUAAGAUUGGGAUUGCCAAAUAUCGUGGUCGUGCAAAGAGUGCAAAAUCACAGAGAAUUCAAUGGGUGAG